AUGGAGUACUUCGACUUCGAUGAAGCCUCAUAUGGUUCCAACGUGCGCGAAGAUGAUGUUGCCUCGGACAAUCUCGAGUUCGACGAGAAUGAGGCCGCUGAAAGCUACAACGCCAUAUUUCAGGAAACGAGCCUAGAAUUUUCCAACGACCUACCGGAGCAAGAUACCGGUAAAUUGGACAACGGCGUCUAUCCCAUGAGUCGCGCCGAGGAGCCAUGCGACUUUUGCAGGCACAUGAAUCUGGACUGUUUUGUCGCGAAGAGUGGAGUGAUGCGUCAGAAUGGCUGUACUUGCUGCAUUUCGCUUUACCGUGAAUGCAGCUUCACCCACGCUACAGCACCUGGCAAGUUCUUGGACACCUUACAUCCGAUUUCCGAGAAUACCUACAUUCAUACCGGUGGUUUGACCGGAAAGAAGGCGCUCAAAUCGUUGUCCUUCAUCGCUGAAGAUGAUGGCCGAGCGAGAAAAAGCAAUUCACGACUGGCGCGGGAAGCGGUCCGCAUCCUCAAAGCAUGGCUUCAGGAACAUUGGGAGCACCCCUAUCCAACUGAGCAGGAAAAAGACGAGUUACAGCAACGCACAGGUCUGAAGAGGAUGCAAAUCUCCAACUGGCUUGCUAAUGCUCGGAGACGUGGUAAAGUUCCUCCCGGGCCGCGCAACUCGUCGGCGACGGGCGCAAUCAACAUUCCCGGACAAAAAGGCGUGGACGUCACUUACAUGACACCAAUGGAGCGUUGGAAACACUCGCCCCCUGAAAACGAACCCGCUGCCACAUCUGAUAUUCUGCGAGCCCUGGUCACGACCGACCUGAAUCAUGACCGACAGCGCGCAUCCAGACCAGGUCACGUGCGUUCCCUUUCCCGGAAGACUGGGUCUAGCAAUGACUCAAGCCAUGCCAACUCCAAUUUGUUCCAUGCCCCCUCGGUCAGUAGUCAGGAAACAAGUCGAUCAGCCACUCGUUCCUCUAUAUCAGACCUUUCCUUUGCCUCUGCUUUCUCCCACAGAUCCUCUCUCGGCUCCUUCGGCUCUAUGGAGCGGAAGGAACGCCGUCGCCGGCGCAAGCCCUCACUUCCCGUCAACACCUUCAACCAACAAAAGGCACGCAAUGCUCGCAUAUACCAGUGUACUUUCUGCACCGACUGUUUCCAAACAAAGUAUGACUGGCAACGCCACGAGAAGUCACUACACUUGGCUCUUGAAAAGUGGACUUGCUCGCCAUUGGGGGGCGUGGCCUUCAUAGAUGGCGCCAACCGUUGUGUAUUCUGCAUGGCUGUUGAUCCCAACAACGAUCAUUUAGAAUCACACAACUACAGUACCUGCCAAGAGAAGACACCCGCAGAGCGAUCUUUUUACCGGAAGGAUCAUCUCAACCAGCACUUGAGACUGAUGCACAACGUCAAGUUUGACUCAGCCAUGAACGCCUGGAGGAGCACUCUGACAGAAUUCAAAUCUCGGUGUGGCUUCUGCGGGUUGAGUCUAACAACCUGGAAAGACCGGGUUGACCAUUUGGCUUCCCAUUUCAAGAAUGGCAGUACCAUGGCGCAGUGGCAGGGCGAUUGGGGGUUUGAACCCUUCAUCCAGGGUCUGGUCGAGAAUGCAAUGCCACCGUAUCUCAUUGGAGGCGAGCAGAAGACUCUGAAUCCUUUCAAGCCACCCAAUGCUGCGCAAACAACUGGUCUUCUCCAUUCAGAAGAUGUGAAUUGUUAUAGGCGCCUGCAGCGUGAACUCACCGCAUAUAUUCACAACCAGAGGGCCAUCGGCAUCAUUCCAACGGAUCGUAUGAUACAGGACGAAGGCCGGCGAAUCAUAUAUGGAAGCGACGACCCGUGGAAUCAAACGUGCGCUGAUAAUUCAACUUGGCUUAGUCUUCUGAAGCGAGACGCAGGACUCGAAGUUCUCCCAGGGUCAGAACACAUUCAACUUUCUGACUUGGGUAUGCGACCGCCAUUUGCUGCUGCUGACGGCCUCAAACAGCCCCCAGCCGAAACCAGCAUGCUAUCCAGCCCUCUCUACCCCGGACAGGGCACAUUCAGUCCCGUGACCCCAAACUCUGGGCUCCAGAGCCCCGCCUUUAUGGGGCACGGUCGGUCUUCCUUUGCCGCCAGUGCUCCUGGGAGCUCCACUGGCAGCUAUGCCGAAAGUUCUGGCUUUCUCCCGUCUCGGCCCUAUUCCAGGUUGUCGGCUGACGUGGGGAGUAGCCUGUCUGCUGGCAUGGCGUCCCUCAACACGCCUCUGAGCGGAUCUGUUGACCAAUUCGUGCAAAUGGGGUUCGAUCCCGAGUUCUUACAACAACUGAAUGAACGGUAUGAUGAGUUGCCGUUGGACGAUAUGCAGGGAUUGUGUUUUGAAGAGAGUAAUAGGCGUGAGGGCGAAGCUGGACAACAUCAAGCAGACCCAACUGGAAAGUCUCUGCCUUUCUCUGCCCCUGUCUCGGCCCCAAUAGCUAUUCCUGCUUCCUACCUUCGAAAGAUGGAUGGGAUCGACGAUUUGACAGCACUAAGCGAUACGAUGGUCUACCGUCACGUUCUCACGGUCUUUUCUCCUGUUAUCCCGGCCUCUCUCCGACGGCGGAUCACUAGUUUAUACCCAUCAACGCAUCGACCCGUGAGGUUGGAGGCCAGCGAUAGCGCCAGCGCCAAAGAACAUACAGCUGGUGAGGCCGGAGGUGACUCGAUGGUCUCAAUGCGACAAUCUUCCGAGCCAGGAGGGCUGGAGUAUGUGGCAUCACUGCCUGAUCUUUCGUCUGGGCCCACCUUUCAGCGCCCCAGUACCGCAAGCAGUGCUAGCAAUGGACUGGAAUCAUGCUUCUCGUCUGUCGCCGAGAAGUCACAAGAACUCAGCGAUAUCUCUAGUAUCCGAAGCAGUAGAUCUAGCGAUGUCUUUAGUCCAGUGGCUCCGAAAUACGAAGCGGAAUCCGGACUGCGAUGGAAUCGGAUAGCGCCUGAAGAGAUUCCUAGUACUAGUCUGGCUGACAAUAUCCCAGCACUCAAUCUCCUACAAAAUGCCUGUCAUGAAGCGCAGCAGCGGCAGUGCGACAGUCGCUUGGCUCGGAUGUUGUACGUCGAUGCCCUAGGCUACCUCCUCGAUGGCCUCCCCGACGACUUGAGCAGCCAAGAAACUAUGACAAUUCAGGACAAUCUUCCUGCUGGAGUCAAGGAAUCCUUGGCUGCGCCUUCCGUGACUGAUCCAUCUGCGGCAGGGCUUCACAGUCUGCUUGCAGGGGAAAAUUCUCUACCCGAGCGAUCUUACCUUCAUCGACUGCUGUCGUCCACUAUCGUCUACUUCUUCAUAAUGCUGCAAUUCCUCAUGCCAUACGUCAAAAUCCUCGUGUGUCAUCUGUACCAAUAUGAGCGAUCCCAUCGGAUUACGGAACGUGCCGUAACAAAGGUUCUGGUUGCGGCUGAUAACUUUGGUAGAAGAGGUAUGGUUAUAGGGGCUGCAGUUCUGAAUUAUAACGAAGGAAGAGCGAGUGCAAAUUUGAUGGACCUUGCAGCCUGGUGGGUGACAAGCAUUGCAGGUGGCAUUUACGAGGGAUUUGCGGAGGGCAUGACUAUCAUGGGAGUCACCCGGUCGCAUGUUGAGCUUGGGAAGGCUUUUGUGCAGGCUUCGCGGGGAUGA